AUGCAGCACCUUCAUGUUACAGCCAUGGAUAUUGUAGAGUUCUACGUAUCUUGUAACCCUCCUUUACUCCCUAAAGGAGUGGCGCUGAUAUUUGCGAGUGUCGAGGAAAAUGAGGACCUUGGGAUCAUUGAAAUCCUCUACGAACCUGAGAUCCCUUGGUUUAAGCUCAUUGUCCCAAGGGCUUGUCAGCGCGAAAUCUCUGAUUGGGUGCACUCUCAACUAGCAGAGCUAAUGGAAUCAGAAGCUGACGCUGUUAUACGAGACGGAGACGAAGAUGAUCUAGGUACAUCUGCUAUACAACCCGAUAUCGAGGUUAUAGUCGAGGACUCACACAUUACUGCCUAUCCUUCUCUCCAAACAACCCUGAAAGAUACACUCAGUCAAUAUGAUGCGUUCCGAUAUCCCGCCAUCAUCAAAACUCUACCUUACAAAACAGUCUGGCGAGUUCCAGAAUCGUCUGGCGUCACUAUUCUGCAGAUUCUCUCGAAUUACGAGUCCUUGGGAUUUGUGUUGCCUUUGGGCCCAAGCAUCGACAGCCUUCAAGCACUGACAAAAUGUGUUAUUACAUAUAAUUUCCAGGGUUCCUUAUUGUACAUUGGCAGCAGUGAAAGUGAACAAGCACUGGGCUUUGUAAAACAAAAGCUCUACACUCUUGCAAGCUUUAUGGAUGCCCCCUUGGCCACUAUCACUCAUAUGGCCUUUACUGAAACUUCGAGCUCGGCUACACUCUGCUACAGAUACAUGACACACACGGGACUAUCCAAAUUGACUUAUGUUGAUUCCGCCGGCAUCGAUCAGAGCGAGGACCUGGAGUACACCUCAAUCGCCAGUGCGGCGUCCUUGAGAAUGGAAUCUCUCAAUCGGUACCGGCAGCCUGUUCCCGAUUGCGUCAAGUACCCGAUUCCGGAGACCGGUGAAUUGACAAAUUGGCAUCCAGAAUUUCACCCAUUCUCUGGAUAUUCAUAUGGAAACAAACGCUCUGGUACCAUCCCUACUAUCGAGAAGAAAAGACCCCAACAGAAGAUCCAUCAUCAAGAAUCGGAUAGUGUCGGCAAGAACACAGCCAGCACUGAGGGACACCGCAAUCUCAAGCAUGUCGGCACUGACUUACCAAAAGUUGGAAAGUGCUUAGAAGAUCUCAGGUACCAAGCUCGAAAUAACAAGAAAAUCACUAAUUGGCUCUGCAGCAUCGAGUCCAGCGGAGAUGAUGACCAUCUGAAGCUACCCUCACUUCUGACUGGGAACAGUGAAAAGCAGGACGAGGGAACAGCAACAAGCCUACCAUGCGACUCGCGACGAUGUAUUGAAGAGCCAAGGUUCGUCAACACUAAAGACGUCCCUCUUAUGGCGGCCAAUAUCAAAGAUCAGAUGCCAGGAUCAGAUUACCAUGCUUCUUUGAGCCAACUUCCAUUGGGCUUGGAAAUGCCAGAAAACAGUUUCGAGCCCCUCGGCUUCCCGAAUCCUUCUGUUCUGCAGUCUAAUGCUACAAAGGAUUUGAUGGACAUUAAUGAUGGCCCCAUCCCAACUCCUGCACUGAUGGAUAACAUCCCUUUGCACGAUCGCGGAACUAAACUUCAGACUAUAUCAGAGGAUCCAGUUACUCGUUCUGAGGUCACAUUCGGCAAAAGAAACCUUCGGGAGAAAACACUAUUCGAUACCAUGAGACAGAAAGCCGGCUCUGGGCUAAGCUGGGCCAGCGUAGCCUCAAAGAAGAAAGACGACAAUCGAGACGACAAGCCCACCUUCGGGUUCAAUGUGCCUGUCACAUUUGUCCCCGGCAAUCGUUCUGCAACUCAGCGUUCAGCAACGCCAGCAUCCGAGGUUAUUGCCAGCCUCAACCCUAUCCCGGCUGAGCAGAGAGAAGAGCACGACAGGAACCAGUCAAUUUUGGUUGAGAAACCCAAGACUGACCCAGUCUCACCGGCCUUACGAAUUUUUCCGGGAAUAGACAUGCCAUCAGCGAUUGAGGUGGAGUAUAGCGAGUUUCUGUCACAGGUUGAGAACAAGCUCCGAUUUUAUCCCAUCCUCACAACCAGCGGAGCAGAAGCAAACUCGAUCCCUCGGAUGUCUGGUGGAAGAUCUCCAUGGAUACUGACGGGAAAACGAGUUUACUACGAAUUUCACUGCUUCGCCGGAAAGACACCUGAGGUUAUCGUGCAAGUUGAUGCCGAUACCUUCGGGCAUCAAUACUUCCCGCCGACGACUGAAGUCUCAAAGACUUUCGUGCAUUGCACUCGACGUGCAUGGGAUAUCAAAUUUUCUGUCUCCCGCAUGUAUAUGGAGGGGAUGGCCGAUGAUAUGGAAGAGUUUGCUGCAUCAUUGGUGCGCUCCCUGAGUAUCGAAACGAAUGAGAUGGGCGAGCUCGUGAUCAGUACCGAACCGAAGAGCAUCUCGAAUUUGACCGUCGACAGGGUCAGAAUAUGUCACGAAGCCCGGUACCGGAAUGGAGGCAGGGGCCCUAGCUGUCUGAAGGUUAUAAUGAUACGACGAGUCGAGAAGCUUCCUGGUAUCCCCAGAGGAACUUAUCGUGGUCAGUCAGUUCCAGUAACAGCGCCUGCAAAUGGCCGGCCUGGCCAGUGGUUUGAGACAAGCAUUUCAUCUGUACAAGCAGAAGAGAUAUUCCAAGAGAACAUCGGUCUAGAAUUCGGCGAUAAAACACAUUGGACGCCUGAAAUCCUACACCGCCAGGGCGUUUUCAGAGCCAUCUCUGAGCCAGCAUUGCAAAUGGUCAGAAAGAUGGACCAUGUCGGUGAUUCAAACUCGAACGGACAAGGCCCUCGCUCUGAUCAACAGUCGUACAGUGCUGCUCAGGAUUCAAAGGCCCGGCAGAAAGGGAAAUACUUUUGGUAA